UCCCGGCUCAGCUCCGCGCCCGCGGGCAGCUGUUCCUGUGGCAACGCCGCCGCCGAUGGCGGACCCGUCCCGGCGCCUGGCGGAGGGUGCCCGCCGCCGUCGCCCGCCAGGGGAGGAGCGGCGGGAGCCUCCCGGCGCCGGGCGCUGCCGGACGCGCCACAGGCUGAAGGCGGCCGCGGCCCUGGCCCGCACGGAAAGCCAGGGCCCGGCGGUGAACAUGACAUCAGAUAAGGAGUUUGCUGAAAAUAGCAGUUUUUCUCCGAAAGCCAGCACCAGUAAGCUGCCGACAGAUGCGUCUCCCGACUCCAAGUGCCCCAUCUGCCUGGACAGAUUUGACAACGUGGCAUAUCUGGAUCGCUGCUUGCACAGGUUCUGCUUCCGCUGCGUGCAAGAGUGGUCCAAGAACAAAGCAGAAUGCCCGCUCUGCAAGCAACCCUUCUUCUCCAUUUUCCACACGAUUCGUGCUGAAGAUGACUUCAAGGAGUACAUCCUCAGCCCUUUAGAAACAAGCUCUUUUGCCAGCCCCGACGGCCGGAGGUUUCGUUACCGCACCACCUUGACGAGGGAACGCCGCGCGCGCGGUUCCCCUUCUCGAAGGAUGCCGUCUCCUCCGGAUAACGGGAUGUUGUUUGAAGGGCUGUCGAGCGAGCCGGCGCGACACAGGCACAGGGAGAUUCAGCAGAUGCUCAGGAGGCUGGCCUCAAGGAGGAAGGCCAGCGCGGAGGGCAGAUCUCUGAGGCAGAUCCAGGAGGAGGACAUGAUCACCUUCCGCAGGGCUCUGUACCGCACCGGCGUGCGCAUCCGCAGCAUCCAGGACGGCGGCCGAUACCGAGAGAUUUCGGCCGAGUUCUUCCGCCGCAACCCUGCUUGCCUUCACCGCCUGGUUCCUUGGCUGAAGCGAGAGCUUACGGUCCUGUUUGGUGCCCACGGGUCUCUGAUCAACAUUGUGCAGCACAUCAUCAUGAGCAACGUAACCAGGUAGGAGGAUGUAGGAAGUUGUAGAAGCUGUUUAUCUCCUGCAGUUGAAAAGAUGGAAUCAAAAGGGGAUGAGAAGAACAAAUACAAAAGAAAAGAUCUGCCUCCACAGGACUUGAGUUGGAGCCCCUCUCCAGGGAGUGAUACAGUAUGCUCCCCUUGGAAUCACAGAUUGUCUAAAAAGGGAAAGUCUAGAAGCCCACAGUCCUGUUCACGGGACAGUCGAAGCAGCCAUGGCCAUCGGUCUAAAAGGGAGCACCUUAGCAAAAGCCAACUUAAAAAGAGACGAUCGAGAAGCAGAGAUAGUAGCAAACAUAAGAGCAAAAGAAGCAGCAGAAAAUCAAGGGCUCAUGACAGCAGAGCCUCUCUGAAAAGCCAGAGGGGCUCUCUGAGUGGUGAGAGCACUCCAUCCAGAGAAGUGAGCCGAUCACGUUCACGCAGCAAAGGCCACAGUAAAAGGAGAUCAAGAAGUAGAGACAGUGAUCGCUACUAUGUAAGAGACAGUUACCAAAGUAGACACCAGUGGGGUUCUGCUUUCUGUAGUCGAAAGGUGUUUGGAGACAGCUAUGAAUCCUCCAGCAGAAGGAAGACCCGGUCUAACACUCUUUACUCGCGGCAAUCUGCUAGUCCAGAAUACAGGAUACGAUCAUUUAUUGAGAGGACAGAUCUGCAUAGCCAGAGGGGACUCCAUGAGAGACACUAUUACUGUUACGAAAGAUGCAGGUCAAGGAGUCGGUCAAGCAACAGAUCAAGGACUCCUUCUGGAGGAAAUGACAGAAUGAAAAGUGAAAAGCCUGGUGGAAAAAGGAAGUACAAAACUCGCCACCUGGAGAAUACAUUCAUGGAAAGCACAAGUCUAGAAAGAGAAAAUGAGUCCAAGAAAACUUCCUCAAAAUUUGGUGAUUACUGCAAAAAUGAAGAUAGCCUGUCAGACAAUCGUGCAAGCAGUGAGACAAAGCGUAAGAAAAGGAAGAAGAAAAUGAGGAGUCCAAGCGUGGAGAUAGUCUAUGAAGGAAAAGCAACAGACACGAUGAGGCAUCUUAAAAAGAAAAAGAAAAAGCAUAAGAAGAAACACCGGAAACAUCACACGAGUAGCUCAGUACAUUCUUCUCCGGUGGUGAUUACAAUUGAUAGUGAUAGUAGUAGCAAGGAACCAGAAAGUACCGAAUGGGACAGCAGUAUUACAUGGACAGGAACAACUCAAAUAAAUGAGAGGGAAAAUGAGUCUCCAUCUUCUUUUCUAAGGAGGACAGGAUGUGGGGAAACUGCAGAAGUAGACAAAAAGUAUGAUAUCCCUGACACAAGGGAAAACUUAGAUGGUGGUGUUAGAGAUGCUGAUGUCAAACUUCAGGAAACAGCAGCUGAUCAGAGUGUUACCACAGUGAGUACCAGCAGUAACACCUCUCACACAGAAACUGUAACCAGUUAUGUUCAGGAAGCACCAGCAGCACCUUCCAGUCAACUGCCUUCCCCCAGGACUUCCUUCCUAGAGUGUCCAGAGAGAGAGCCAUUGAUACUGAGACUUCCAAAGAGACUUGUCAACAGAUCCUCAUGGUUUGAUUUCCCAGAAGAAAAAAUGUAGUAGGCUUUCCUUGGAACACUUGUUAAAACUGUGAUUUUAACUACUUCAUAACUAUUUCAUAAAGCCAUCCACAGUGGAUUUCAAAGUUUUGUGUAAACCGAACAACAGAAAAGGAGUCCAAAACAAGAGCCUAGAAAGGCAUUUUAUGGGGAUUGUUCUUCUUAGACCAGAAAAAUGUUUAGUUCAUAAAAAGUAAUUCAGUCAGAAUUCCAGCAUCAUUUCAAUUUCUGGUUUAAGCAGAUCUCUGCUGAAAAGCAGUCAGUGAUUUAUUUCUACAGAAAUUCUCAAAUGUCUUUGUAUAAUUUUAAGGUAAGCUAUGUCAAAGUCUGAAUGAAGCAAUAAAGUUUUUUUUGUUGUUUGUUUAAAUAUAUUUACA